AUCUUUCUAUAUAUAGAUAGUUUUGAGCUCUUUCCAUGGGCAAGCAAACUCAGUGAAGAUGUUGGAACAAAAUCCUCAGUACCUCUAUUUACUUACAAUUUUUUCUGUCAUAGUAAUUUUCUAUAGAUGGUUCACUGUAAAAACAGCCUCGAAAAAUCUGCCACCUUCUCCGCCAAAAUUACCUAUAAUUGGAAAUUUUCAUCAAAUUGGACCAGACCCUCACAUUUCACUGGGAGCCUUGGCUCAAAAGUAUGGUUCACUAAUGCUACUCAAGUUUGGAAGUGUACCGGUUCUUGUUGCUUCUUCAGCUGAUGCAGCUCAAGAGAUUAUGAAAACCAAUGAUCUGGCUUUCGCAGACAGACCUACUACAAGUAUUACAGAUAGGCUUUUUUAUAAUAGCAGAGACGUGGGUUUUGCUCGUUAUAGUGAAUACUGGAGACAGGUGAAGAGUAUAUGUGUCGUUCAACUUCUAAGUACCAAAAGGGUUCAAUCCUUUCACAAUGUUAGAGAAGAAGAAGUUGACCUUUUGAUCCAGAAUAUUGAGUAUUCAAAAAUAGUUAACUUAAGGGAUUUGUUUUCCGAGCUGACUAAUAAUGUAGUCUGCAGGGUUGCACUUGGGAGGAAAUAUGGAAAUGAUAAAGGUAACUCAUACAAGCAUUUACUCAAGGAAAUGACUAAUCUGCUAGGUUACUUCAGAAGCAUAGGGGAUUUUAUUCCUUUGCUUUAUUGGAUUGAUCGCCUUAAAGGCUUAAAGGGGAAGGUGGGGAAAGUAGCUGACGAGGUUGAUGCUUUUCUGGAAGGUGUUCUCAGAGAUCACCGACAGGGUAGUACUGCACCGGAUGAUGCUUAUGCAAACAAAGACUUUGUGUCCAUUUUGCUUGAGAUUCAGAAAGAGAACUUGGAUACAGGCCUUUCUAUUGACGACGAUUGCAUUAAAGCUGUUAUCUUGGAUAUGUUCUUUGCUGGGACCGAAACAUCAUCUACAACUUUAGAAUGGACAAUAGCAGCGCUACUAAAAAAUCCAGGCGUCCUGCUAAAAUUGCAGACUGAGAUUAGAGAAAUAGGCAGAGGCAAAUCAAAAAUAACGGAGGGUGAUUUAGCCAAAAUGCACUAUCUGAAAGCAGUGAUGAAAGAGAGCAUGAGACUGUACUUUACAGCUCCGCUACUAAUGCCUAGAGAAGCAAGACAGGACGUAAAAGUAAUGGGGUACGACAUAAGAUCAGGGACACAAGUACUAAUUAAUGCUUGGGCAAUUGCAAGGGACCCUGCAUUGUGGAACAACCCAGAGGAGUUUAGGCCUGAAAGGUUCUUCAAUAAUCCCAUUGAUUACAAAGGCCUUCACUAUGAGUACCUUCCCUUUGGAGCAGGCCGGAGGGUCUGCCCUGGAAUCCUGUUUGCAGUGGCUGUUAAUGAACUUGCAGUAGCCAAUCUUGUACACAAAUUUGACUUUGAAUUGCCUCAUGGAGAAAGAAUGGAGGAUAUGGACAUGACUGGUGUCACGGGCUUGACUGUUCGUAGGAAAUCUCCCCUCUUAGUGAUUGCCACUCCACAUGUUUGAUUACCAAGUAUGCAAGUAGGUCAUUCCAUUGUCAUUCUAUCCAUCUAUAAUAAAUAAGACAAUUAUGUUAAUGCAUCUUGAAGUUGGAUUCAACAAUAUAUCAGUACUUAUUCUACUGAUAGUGGACUGGAGCUAUAAAUAUGAUUAUAUGCAUACCAGGUCAUACUUCUGAGAACUUUUCGC